AUGUCUCAAUCAUGUUCGAUCGACAAAUGCGGCCGUACAUCACGUGGAUUGUGUGAUUGUUGUCAACAAAAUCUUUGUUUACAGCAUUUAAAUGAACAUAAUGCUUUACUCAUUACUCAACUCAAUCCUUUGACUGAUGAAAUUAAUGCACUUGAAGAUCGUCUCAAAACGCUAAAUAUUCAAAACACAAUUAGCAAUAGUCGUCGAAAACUUGAGGAAUGGCGUCAAGAUUGUUAUAAAAAGAUUGAUAGCAUAUUUGAACAAAAAUGGCAGGAACUUGAUCAGCUUAUUGAAGAGAACAUUCGCCAACAACGUGAAGAACUCAAUCGAGUACACUUGAAAAUAAGUGAACUCAUCAAUGCGCAAGAAACAACUCGUAAAGAUAUCGAUUCGUUGACAUAA